AGGCACGUGACACAAGACCGGGCAGGGGUAGCCUUUGGUGGGCGUGGGUUCGGUAAGCGUAUUUCCAAGGAGCAAGAUGUCUCAGAGUCCAGGGAGAGCAACGCCGGGAAGGAGAAAAGACAGCGAAGGAGGAAAGAGGAAAAGGGACGAGGUGAGGAGGAAGCAGGGUGGAGGGCGCCUGCGAGAGGCCCAGGCCGGGGCUGGAGCGCACGAGGCCUAGCUUGGGCGGAGCGGAGACCCCGAGCGGCACAGAGGGAACGCCCUGAAGGUGGGUCCGAACCGGACUGCGAGGACCUUGAGAGUCGGGGUGGAGCGGACGGGGGUCCUGGGAGCUGGGGAACGGCGGCGGCCACUGCUUCUGGGCUCUCCAUCCUCCAGGGGCAGCUCGGACUGGACGCCCGGGUCCUCCGGAUCCCGCCCCUAGGGGCGGGGUUAGCGGUUCUGACCAAUGACAGGCCGCCCAGAGGCCCCGCCCCCGAAGCAUCACAACUGUCCAAACCCGGGGAGCCCUGUCCUGGUGGGGGGAUUGCGCGAAUGCGGAAUCUGCGGCUGGUGAGUGCGCACCCCCAGGUCUCCGCACCGAUCCCGCCUCCAGCCCGUGCCCUGCAGAUCGGGCCCGACCAGGCGCCGGCAGUGACUCAGCGCGGGGAGGGUGGCGACUCGUUGGCACUGGAGAUUCGAACUGUUCUGGGCCUUGAACGCCGGGAUGCGUGGGGUGAACAAGUGUCUUCGGAGCUGGUCGCGGGACACCAAGAUGCCUGACGAACAGCAGACACCGAAGGAGGAGGAGGAAGAGAUGCAAGAGGAGAUGGUGCUGCUGGUGAAGGAUGACAAUGAGGGUGAGGAGAAGUAUGAGGUGUUGAAACUCAAGAUCCCCGUGGACAACAAGCAGGUGAGGAAACUGAGGCCCAGGAAGCUUGAUAGUUUGGUGACUGGCCAAGGUCCCAGAGUUAGUAAAGAGAUGGCUUAUCCGAGACCAGUGAGAGUGAGGGGUGAGGUCCCGAGCAAGGCCGCAGCGCAGGCCGCCGCGCAGGCCGCCGAUCCGGCGCGCCCACACGCGUGCGCGGACUGCGGCCGUGCUUUUGCGCGCCGGUCCACGCUGGCCAAGCAUUCGCGCACGCACACGGGUGAACGGCCCUUCGAAUGCCCCGAGUGCGGCCGGGGCUUCUCGCAGAAGUCGGCGCUGACCAAACACGGCCGCACGCACACCGGCGAGCGGCCCUUCGUCUGCACCGAGUGCGGCCAGCGCUUCUCCCAGAAGUCGGCGCUGACCAAACACGGCCGCAUGCACACGGGCGAGCGGCCCUACAAGUGCCCGGAGUGUGACAAGAGCUUCUCCGCCGCCUCCAACCUGCAGCAACACCGGCGGCGCCAUACGGGCGAGAAGCCCUACGUGUGCACGCAGUGCGGGCGCCGCUUCGCUCAGAGCUCCAACUACGCGCAGCACCUGCGCGUGCACACGGGCGAGAAGCCCUACGCCUGCCCCGACUGCGGGCGCGCCUUCGGCGGCAGCUCGUGCCUGGCGCGCCACCGACGCACGCACACCGGGGAGCGGCCGUACGCAUGCGCCGACUGCGGCACGCGCUUCGCGCAGAGCUCGGCGCUGGCCAAGCACCGGCGCGUGCACACGGGCGAGAAGCCGCACCGCUGUGCCGUGUGUGGCCGCCGUUUUGGCCACCGGUCCAACCUGGCGGAGCAUUCGCGCACGCACACGGGCGAGCGGCCCUACCCCUGCACCGAGUGCGGUCGGCGCUUCCGCCUCAGCUCCCACUACGUCCGCCACCGUCGUGCGCACGUGCUGCACCGUCUCUAUAUCUGCACUGUGUGCGGCCAAGACUUCAAGCUGCCCCCUGGCGUUUCGGCCGCCAGCGUUAGCGAGCGCUGCCCAGGGUGUGAGAGUAGGUGAGCCCCCUGUCGCUGCGGCUGCUAGUGUCUGGCUGAGGAGGCGCAUGCCAGGGCCCCGACCCCCAGGGGCUGGACUAACUGGACAAGGACUGCGGGACCCUGGUCUGGGAAAGGGUGGGAUGGCAGAACUGGCUGCCCGGGACCUGGGAGACAUGGCAAAUCCCUUACUGGGAUUUUUGGGAACAGUGGCCUCUCCCACCUCACUACAAAUCCUCCACCCGUGUUAGUGAAUAUUAAGUAUUAUAUCCUGACGCACACCUGCCUGUGAAUGAGUAGAUGGGGAGAGGAGCAAAGUUGGGGUAUUCCCCGGUCUUAGGUGACUUAAGUGAAUCGUCACGGAACCAAGUGGGUGUCUAUAAGCCCAAAAGCGUUCCUGGAACUGGGUUUGUGUGUGUGGAGUCAGGCUGAAGCUGAAGGGGCCGACAGUUUCGGUGCCCUUGCCCCCGCCCUGCCUCCCCAGGCUUCUCCCCACCCACAGCGGACAUGUCACCCACUGAGCUGCUGCCCAGAUGCACUACGAACCCCCAGCUCAGCUCGGAGCCCGCCUCCAGAGGCUCUGGCCAAUCACGGGCGUUAGCGAUUGCUUCCGGGGGCGGAGCCGCAGGAAAGGCCAGUUACUUGUGUGGAGCUUGCUAUAGGCCGCGCCUUACCCGGACUGGACCAAUAGGAGCAAGCUUCAGGCGCGGGCUCAUAGGCCUCUGCCCUGGAAUGCUUCAUUGUUGGCCAAGGAUCUUAAAGGUGUGGAUACCAAACUGUUUGAGAUGUUCUAUUGCAGUGGGUCUCAACCUUCCUAAUGCCGCGACCCUUUCAUACAGUUCCUCAUGUUGUGGUGACCCCCAACCAUAAAAUUAUUUUCGUGGCUACUUCAUAACUGUAAUUUUGCUACUGUUAUGAAUCG